AUGUUGUCCAUUGAGGAAAUACUGGCUCUCGCUGAGCCCAACGCUGAGUUCAUAGAGCUUCAAAGCGAGAGCCCAAUCAGGGUCGGCGCAUGGAACAAGGACACGGAUAUCCAACAGAUUCGAGGUAUCAUGGCCAACGUCCUCGAAGCCAAACUCGCCGCCAAACCCGACCCAUCUACUCUGCCCUACGUGGAAGAAGACGUCCACAUCACCGUGGGAGACGGGGCAUCGAUUGCCGUUCGCAUCCACAAACCCAGAGUCGUCGCUGACGAUGGCUGCCCUGUCCUUGUAGCGUUCCAUGGUGGCGGGUUCGUCAUUGGCGACUUGGAGGGCGUGGGUUCCCUCUGCCAGCUCUUUACAACACUCGGUGGCAUUGCGGUGAAUGUAGACUAUCGCUUGGCUCCAGAGCACCCCUUCCCUGUCCCCGUGCAGGAUUGCUUCGAUGUUGUGAAAUGGACCGUUGAUAACGCGAAGACCAUUGGAAUCAACCUAUCGAAAGGCUUUCUUGUCGGCGGCGAGAGCGCAGGCGCCGACUUGGCUUUGGGCGUUAACCGCCUUUGGAUCGACGAGAAACAGACGCCAAAGCUGACGGGCAUAUUCUCGUCCAUCUCCGGGGCUCUCGCCGAAGACACCGUUCCCGAAACGUACCGAAAUCGUUUCUUGAGCCUGAAGCAGAAUGCCAGUGCCCCAGUUGUGACCGCAGACUCGAUCGAGUUCAUCAGAGACAUGUACAAGCCGGACCCGAGAAGCCCGGUGGCGUAUCCUGUCAUCUCGCCGGACCUAAGUGGCAUUCCCAAAACUUACUUCCAGGCUUGUGGGCUGGAUCCGGUGCGAGACUGCACGCUUAUCAUGGAGCAGGUUUGGAAGGAUGCGGGAAUACCAACCAAACUGGAUGUCUACCCUGGUCUACCUCAUGGCUUUUGGGCACUGUUUCCUCAGGCAGACUUCAGCAAGAAACACCAAAGAGAUCAAAAGGCUGGUCUGGAGUGGUUAUUGCAUAAGGACUCGGCAUAG